CGAACUUGCAUGAACUAUGCCGUACCCGAGGAUGAAGCAUAAGCCGGCGGGUGGCGAGGUUAUAGCUCGUGAACUACUUUAAGGGUAGAACGCCCGCCCAGAUUGAAAAUUCAAUUCAACCCAUCACUCUCCAUCACAACCGCCAUCAUGUCUCCAGGAAAGGUCUCUACCAUUGAUUUCGAGAAGUUUUACAACAUUGUCGACGGCAAGCAGCGCGGCUCUGACAACAUCCACCAUGGUGUCAACCCUACUACUGGCAAGGACCUCUGGGAUGUUCCUAUUGCCAGCGAGCAGGAUCUGAACGAUGCCGUGGCGUCUGCAAAGAAGGCAUUCCCUGCGUGGAGAGACACUCCGCUUGAGAAGAGGAAGGAGACUAUUGGCAAGUUUGUCGAGGUCUGGCAGCAGCACCAAGAUGAGAUGAUCACUCUGUUGUGCAAAGAGUCUGGCAAGCCAAGGCAAUUUGCUGCCAUGGAAGUCGGUGCUGUUCCUGCCUUCAUCGGCCACCACAUUUCCCUCGAGAUCCCAAGUGACAAGCUUGAGGAUGACGAGAAGACCAUCUACACAGACUACGCACCGCUCGGUGUCUGCGGAGCUAUCUGCCCAUGGAACUUCCCCCUCGUUUUGUCUGCUGGCAAGAUGGCACCGGCGCUACUCACCGGCAACGUUGUCAUCAUCAAGCCAUCACCCUUCACACCUUACACUGCUUUGAAGAUGGUCGAGCUCGCCCAGGAGAUCUUCCCUCCUGGUGUCGUUCAGGCUGUCGGCGGCAACAACGACCUCGGUGUCCAGAUGUGCCUACACCCCGACAUCGCAAAGAUCACCUUCACAGGCUCCAUCGCCACCGGCAAGAAAGUCAUGGAGACGGCCUCCAAGACACUGAAGCGCGUCACGCUCGAGCUCGGCGGCAACGAUGCAUCCAUCAUCCUGCCCGACGUCGACAUCAAGAAGAUCGCCCCCGAGGUCGUCAUGGGCGCAUUCCAGAACUCCGGGCAAGUCUGCGUAGCCACCAAGCGCAUCUAUAUCCACGAGUCCAUCUACGACGAGUUCCUGAAGGAGAUGGUCAACUUCACCAAGACGCUCAAGACUGGUAACCCAGACGACGGUGAUAAUCUCCUCGGUCCCGUCCAGAACGAAAUGCAGUACGAGCGCGUCAAGGGCUUCUUCGAGGACAGCAAGUCAAAGGGCUACAAGUUCGCAGCCGGUGAGCCCGACAUCGCGGCAUCAAAGGGCUUUUUCAUCCAGCCCACCAUCAUCGACAACCCACCCAACGACUCCCGCAUUAUCCAGGAGGAGCCCUUUGGCCCCAUCGUGCCCACACAGCCAUGGUCCGACCUCGAGGAGGUCAUCCACCGUGCCAACGACACAAACACAGGUCUCGGUGCUUGCGUGUGGGGCAAGGACGUCGAGAAGGCAACAAAGAUUGCGCGACGACUCCAAGCUGGGUCCGUCUUUGUCAACUCUUUCGAGAAGCCAACGCCUCAGGCUAUCUUCGGUGGACACAAAGAGUCUGGUAUCGGUGGUGAGUGGGGCAAGACUGGUCUGCUCGCCUACCUGAACCCCCACGUCAUCCAUGUGUACAAGUCGUAGGAGGGAAAGUAAAUAAUUAAAUGAAAGUGACCAUAUAGCUUAGUCAAUGACAUGUAUUACGUC